AUGGAUGUUGUUGCGGCUCGAAUGGCCAUGGUGACCGAUUCCCCCAACCCAUCGCUAAGGUCGAGGACUACCGUGACGACAGACGGCGACUCCUUUGUGAGCACGGCCAGCCUUCCCUGCUGCCACUUCUUGUCCGCCAACGUCAUCAAUGUUGUGGAGAAAUGUAUGAGCUCCAUGCAGAUGGGGACCCAGAUGGUGAAGCUCCGCGGCGGCUCCAAGGGACUGGUGCGGUUCUUCUAUCUGGACGAACACAAGUCUUGUAUCCGCUGGAGGCCCUCACGCAAGAAUGAAAAGGCCAAGAUCUCCAUAGACUCCAUCCGGGAGGUGUGUGAGGGUAAGCAGUCUGAGAUCUUCCAGCGCUACGCAGAGGGCAGCUUCGACCCCAACUGCUGCUUCAGCCUGUACUAUGGAGAACACAUGGAGUCCCUGGACCUGGUGUCUGGUACUGGAGAGGAGGCCAGGACCUGGAUCACAGGCCUCAAGUACCUGAUGGCUGGCAUCAGUGAUGAGGACAGCCUGGCCAAGAGGCAGCGCACCAGAGACCAAUGGCUGAAGCAGACUUUCACUGAGGCUGAUAAGAACGGUGACGGCAGCUUAAGCAUCAGUGAAGUCCUACAGCUCCUGCACAAACUCAACGUCAACCUGCCGCGACAGAAAGUCAAACAGAUGUUCAAGGAGGCAGACACAGAUGACAAGCAGGGAACACUGGACUUUGAAGAGUUCUGCUCUUUCUACAAGAUGAUGUCGACCCGCAGGGACCUGUACCUUCUCAUGCUCACCUACAGCAACCACAAAGAUCACCUCGACACAAACGACCUGGCCCGCUUCCUGGAGACUGAGCAGAAGAUGACCAAAGUCACCAAGGACCAUUGCCUGGAGAUUAUCAACAAAUUUGAGCCAUGUUCUGAGAACCAGAAGGAAGGGGUUCUGGGUAUUGAUGGUUUUACAAGUUACAUGCGCAGUCCAGCAGGGGACAUCUUCAACCCAGAGCACUAUAACGUUAACCUGGACAUGAGCCAGCCGCUGUCCAACUACUUCAUCGCUUCCUCACACAACACUUACCUGAUGGGUGACCAGCUAAUGUCACAGUCCAGGGUGGACAUGUAUGCCUGGGUGCUGCAGGCCGGCUGCCGCUGUGUAGAAGUGGACUGCUGGGACGGUCAGGACGGCGAGCCCAUUGUCCACCACGGGUACACACUCACCUCCAAGAUCCUCUUCAAAGACGUCAUUGAGACCAUCAACAAGUACGCCUUCGUCAAGAACGACUACCCCGUCAUCCUGUCCAUAGAGAACCACUGCAGCGUUCCUCAGCAAAAGAAGAUGGCCCAGUACUUGAUUGAGAUCCUAGGAGACAAACUGGACGUGUCCAACAUCAAAGCUGGUGAUUCUGGACGGCUGCCCUCACCAGAAACACUCAAAGGCAAGAUCCUUGUCAAGGGAAAGAAACUGCCUCCCAACAUCGAUGAGAAUGCAGAGGAGGGAGACGUGUCGGAUGAGGACAGUGCCGAUGAGAUGGAGGACGACUGCAAGCUGAUGAACGGAGAUUGGAAGACAUCAGCCAACAGGAAGCAGGUGGAGAAUAUGGCUAAGAAAAAGCUGGAUAACCUGAUGAAAGAGUCAAAGAUCAGAGACAGAGAAGACCCAGACAGCUUCACCAUCGCAGCUCUGCCUCCUGCUGGGAAGCCCUCAGACAAGACUGGCUCCAAGGUUAAAGGAGACGAUGGAGCAGACACAGCAGAUGAAGCUAACCCCAGCAGCAACAAGCGCACAGGCCGUUCCUUCAUGGGCAGCUUCUCUAAACGCAAGAAAAAGACAACCAAGCUGAAGAAAACAUCAAGCUUUGAAGACACAGAUACAGACCAAGAGAGUACCAGCAGCACCUCCCGAGCCCCGUUACCCCACAGCAAAAAGAAGAAGACCAUGAAGUUGUCCAGAGCGCUGUCUGACCUGGUCAAAUACACACGUUCUGUGGGCCUUUAUGAUAUUGAUGCACAAGCCAGCUGCAGUUGGCAGGUAUCAUCGCUGAGUGAAACCAAAGCCCACCAGGUGUUGCAGCAGAAAGCCCCCGCCUUCAUCCACUUCAACCAGCGACAGCUCUCACGCAUCUAUCCUUCCUCUUAUCGAGUGGACUCCUCCAACUUUAACCCCCAGCCUUUCUGGAAUGCUGGCUGCCAGCUUGUUGCACUCAACUACCAGUCAGAGGGUCGGGUCCUCCAGCUCAACAGAGCCAAGUUCUACAGCAAUGGCAACUGUGGCUACAUCCUCAAACCUGCAUGCAUGUGUGAAGGUGUGUUUAACCCCAGCCUGGAGGACCCUCUGCCUGGUCAGAUGAAGAAACAGCUGGUGUUGAAGAUCAUCAGUGGACAGCAGCUGCCCAAACCCAAAGACUCCAUGCUUGGAGACAGAGGAGAGAUCAUUGAUCCCUUUGUGGAGGUGGAGAUCAUCGGCCUCCCAGUGGACUGCUGCAAGGAGCAGACCAGAGUGGUGGAUGAUAACGGGUUCAACCCAAUGUGGGAGGAGACUCUGGUGUUCACGGUCCACAUGCCAGAGCUGGCCCUGGUGCGUUUCCUCGUGUGGGACCAUGACCCCAUCGGUCAGGACUUCAUUGGCCAGCGCACCAUCGCCUUCAACAGCAUGAUGCCAGGUUAUCGUCACGUAUACUUGGAAGGUAUGGAAGAGGCAUCCAUCUUUGUUCAUGUAGCUGUGAAUGACAUCACUGGUAAGUGGACUCCUCUUUUUCCAAAAGCUCCAUUUAGAGGCAGGACAUUUUUAGGAGCCCUGAAGCUGCCACUCAAUACUCAGGCCAGAGCAGUCAGCGGCAUAAAAGGGCUGUUUCACAGAAACCCAAAGCAGGCUUCCCUGGACAGCCAUGCUGCUGCACAGCACAACCGUAAGCACCCGUUUGGUGCCCACCUCCUGCGCCGCACCGCCAGCGCACCCACCAAAGGCCAGCCCAAAACCAAGAAGGGCUCCGCAGAGAUCGCCAUUGACACCAAAGACUACAGCUCAGAGGGUGCUAGUGAGGAGCGAGAGUCUGAGGACAAGGCCUCUGCUGCCACCUCUCACCAGCCCACACCACCACAACACCACAACAGGGAUUCACUGGCAUCGCACCAACCCAAGGGCCCCUGGGACCAUCCUGACACCAAUGGGGCUUUUCACCCAGAGGAGGGUAAAGAUUGUUCCACAGUGCAGAGACCAGCUCCCCCUCUUCCAGUUCUUGCAAUAAACUCUGGAGACGCCAGGAACACACGCUUUACCCGCUCUCUCUCCACUCAAGAAGACAGCCUGUCUUCAUAUCACUCCUCACCACCACUGCACUCACCAUCCACAGCAAAAAAAGCAGAAUCCCCAUCGACUGUUCCUUCAAAUGGGGUGGUGGACAGCCCUGUCAAAGUGAGCAGGGACCCUAACAAGCUCCCUACACUUCCUCUGGUGAGCCCUGCUGACCCAUCACAGUGCAGCCAAGAUACCCAAACCAACAGAAGCACUCGUUCAUCCAUGGACCCUACACCAAGCCAAAGGGGAACCCUAGAAACUCUUACAGAAAGGAAAAAUGAUACAGAAGAGUUGAAGUUUGACCACAGAGGUGACUCUCCUACUGCAGCUGCCUCCACUGGAACCCCUGUAGUCCCUGCAGCUCAGACAACACAGGCCAGGAGAGCACUUUUCAGCAAUCUUUCAUCGCACACACCAGUAAGAAGAACAAAAAGUCAGGGCCACUUUCGGGUGCCUGCAGCCUCAGCUGGGCAGGCCCAGUCAGCAGUACCAGAGGUCUGUACAGAUGCCACCAUGAAUGACCGCCUUUGGAGCAAGCUGGAGCCAGGCAGCCACAGAGACAGCAUGUCCUCUUCCUCUAGCAUUUCUUCCAGUGACACCGUCAUCGACCUGUCCCUGCCUAACCUGGCUAGGAAGAGCCUGCCCACCGCCAGCAGCACCUGCGACCCUCACUGGGUCAACUUCCGGCACUCAGCUUUAGUCUCUUACGAUGCCUUGCGAGUGAGCAAGAGCAAGUCAAACCCCAAUCUUCAGCAGAAUGAGUGUUCCAUCGAUGAGCUCAAGCCCCGCCCUCUGCAACCCCCCAAGGAAUCUUCAGUGGAUUCUCCCAGCAGACUGACUCAAAGGAGGCACACAUGGAGCCGGCUCUACAUGGAAGGGCUCAAACAAUCAUCAACCAGCAGGUCCUCCUCUGCAUCCACAACCCCAACUGCUACAUCCCCAACAGCUACAGCCUCCAUGUCCAAAAGCCUUGGGGAUCUGACCUCUGAGGAUAUUUCCUGUAACUUUGACAGCAAGUACCGCAGCAUCAGCCGUAGCUUCAUCGUCAGGCCAACCAGGGACCAGCUGCGCAGAGGCAGCGCACUGAGGUCCCGACCAUCCAGCGAUCUGACAGAACAACUACGGAAGCUCACUGAUGUGGAGCCCCUGACUGCUAGUGACUUCACCCCUAAAAACAAGCCUCAAGAGUCUCAAGUGGAAUCGGUGGAUGAGAACCUGGUGCGGAGGACCUCCUCGAGGAGCCAAAGCAGGGUGCGGUACAUUGCAAACAGGGCUAAGCAGGCCCAAGAAAGGCAAAGGCUCCAGGGCCUGGUCCAGGGCAGAAGUGCAAGCUUUAGCCUGACUGGUAGCUUUGGCAGUGGAAGUAAUGCUAGCCCCAUUGAGGAGCGGGGUAACCCAGAAGGGGCGUGUAGCAUGGCCCGGAGUCCCUGCACCAGCCUGGACCUGCUGAGUCAGCUCACCCCUCUAGGAUCCCCCUCCCCUAGACAGACCCAGUUAUCCCCAGACCCUGACAACAGCGAAGUCUUUUUCAUGCUCAAACUCUAAGAACUGGCUGACUUGGAACUGAGUGUGAGAGAUACAGCUAGAAACUUGUUUGGAAUACAGUCUGCUUUUGUAGUAGAAGUAGAAAUCUUUUUUAGAAAAAGUUGCAUAUCCUACAGAAUAUCUCACAGAAAAACAGUUCACAGUGUACAUUAUUUCAACCAAUCUUGCAGCAAACUGCUCCUCUGAAUCAGUAACACAUGAACAAUCACUUCUGCAUCUUGAGGUUGUACAAAAUGUUUUUUUAUUUAACUUUCACAUUCAGUAAACAUCGUCCUGAAGUUCUGGAGGAACUAAAAGCAACGACUGCAGCUCUGUCAUCGGUUUGCACCAAAUGUUAG